ACCUGGUGGCAUGGGGAAAUCGCGGCUUGCUGCUGGAUUCAUGUCUCUAAGGCAGGCUGCUCAAUCACAGGGCACCUAUCAGACAUAGUAUCAGCUGCUCCUUCUAGCAACAAUCGUAAGCUGCUGUCGAUCAGGGAAACUAAUUAGUGGUUUUAUUAUGUAUGGAAGCUGCAGCCUGUCACUGAAUUCUCACUGUGAACAGCUUCUCAAAUCCACUUGUCUGUGCUUUUCUCUGAGUGCAGUCCACGCAGAUGACAAGACCACCACAAGCUUUUCAGGGAUUUGCCCACCUACAGCACUUUACACAGAGAAAGAGAGAGAGAGAAGGGUGAGGACCACGUCUCUGUCUGUGAGCACUCUCGAGGCAGUACGGCUGGAAGGAAUCCUGGAAAAGUUAAAAAGGAAGGUGCACGGAAAUCGGACAAUUAUAUCAGUCUUGUGAACUAUUUUAUCCCCUCUUCGUAACCAAAUCCUUGCUGGAAAUCCUGGACACGCGGGGCAAGUUAAUCGCCUUCAACCGAUUCUUAGAUAUUAGGACAAGGACGGAAACGAGCAAGGAGAGAGAAAAAUGAAGCAUAUGCAAUGAGCCAAAUGUGUUUUAUGAAUCUUUAAUGUGUUGUGUACAGGAUUAUGUGGGGUCAGUGCCUCUCCUUUUCAUCACAGUUACACAUUCAGCUCUGCCUGUCCUUGGCAAGCACAAUGGAGCCAGUGCAUUACUAAAGACGAGAAAGGGAUCACUUGCUUAGGAUACCUGGCAGGAACUUAACAAAGGACAGUAACUCACACUAUCAUGGACCAGGCAGAGAAGAUGUAGCUGUAAGGAGUGGGAUGCUGAAAGGGAUGAACAGAACAUAUAUGCAGGAGCCAUUGUGACACUACACAGCCUACCUGCAAACCGUCUCUGCUCUGACUGUCAGGAGGAAGAUAAAUGAGCUGCAUUUUGCACCCUUCAGGAUCCUUUGCCGUUGAUUGAAGGGGCCUGUGUCUUUAGGAUUCCUCCCGGAAAGCAAGAAUAUGGAACCAAACUCCACAUCAAUAAACCAUCUCAAUGAGACAGCGACACUGAGCCUGUGGGAAAUCAUUCCCAUUGCCACAGUCAGUGCCGUAGUGAGCCUGGUGACAAUUGUGGGUAAUAUCCUCGUUAUGGUUUCCUUCAAAGUGAACAGUCAACUCAAGACAGUCAACAAUUAUUACUUGCUGAGCCUGGCUUGUGCUGAUCUCAUUAUUGGCAUAUUCUCCAUGAACCUGUAUACAUCUUAUAUCAUAAAUGGUCAUUGGUCCCUGGGUAGCCUUGCCUGUGACCUGUGGCUCGCCCUAGAUUAUGUAGCCAGCAAUGCCUCUGUAAUGAACUUGCUCGUAAUUAGCUUUGACAGAUACUUUUCUAUAACAAGACCCUUAACCUACAGAGCUAAACGCACACCUAAGAGGGCUGGUAUCAUGAUUGGGCUUGCCUGGUUUAUUUCCUUUAUUUUGUGGGCUCCAGUUAUUCUAUGUUGGCAGUACUUUGUGGGAGAACGUACAGUGCCACCAAAUGAAUGUCAGAUCCAGUUUCUCUACGAACCUAUAAUUACUUUUGGGACGGCCAUUGCUGCUUUCUACAUCCCGGUGUCUGUUAUGACCAUUUUAUACUGCCGCAUAUACAAGGAGACAGAGAAGCGUACCAAAGACCUGGCAGAGUUGCAGGGUUCGGAGUCCGUGGCAGACUUCGAAAUGAUGAGGCCUCAGGGUGCCCUGUUAAAGUCCUGCUUCAGCUGCAAGCAGCAGACCCUCACCAAGAGAGAGAGGUGCCAGGCAUCAUGGUCUUCAUCUAGUCGUAGCACCACUGCAACGAUGAAGAUAUCCCAGAGCCCCAACAUCUGCAAUGAGUGGGUCAAAGAGGACCAGUUGACCACAUGCAGCAGCUACCCUUCUUCAGAUGAUGAUGAGAAACAAGUCAAAGAAGCGGUCUUCCAGGGUGUCUACCAGAAUCAAACUGCAACUGAAAAGGAAGAAGAAACCAAGCAAAUCCUUACUAAAGAGCAACCGGUCAUAAAUGAUUAUGAUAAUGAGCGUUUCUUUUUGACCCCAGGUAAAAGCCACUCGCAGAAGAGCCAAAAGUGUCUCUCGUAUAAGUUCAGGAUCGUGGUAAAUGACGACGGCUCCCAGGAGGUCAAUAACGGUUGCAGGAAAGUUAAAAUCACACCAUGCUCCUCAAUGUCCAAGGGUCACUCUUUGCGAAGCAUGGACCCCAACAUCAGUAAUCAGAUCACCAAGCGCAAGAGGAUGGUUUUAAUUAAGGAACGCAAGGCAGCACAGACACUAAGUGCUAUUCUUUUGGCCUUUAUAAUCACCUGGACACCUUACAAUAUCAUGGUUCUGGUAUCAACCUUCUGUUCCAACUGCAUCCCAUCUUCUCUUUGGCAUCUGGGCUACUGGUUGUGCUAUGUUAACAGCACUGUCAAUCCCAUCUGUUAUGCUUUGUGCAACAAAACCUUCCGAAAGACAUUCAAAAUGUUGCUGCUAUGCCGCUGGAGAAAAAAAAGUGUGGAGGAAAAACUGUACUGGUAUGGACAGCACCCUCCUAGCCACAACAAGUUGCCCUAAAUAUGGGGAGAAUAGGAACAGUUCCUUAUGGCAAAGAGAUACACAUAUUAGACAUCUAGACAUGGAGCUAAGCCAAUACAGGGACAAGAAGCUCACUUUUGUAAGCAAACUGACACUGUACAUUCUUUAUCGAUAGAUGCUCAGUAUUGGCUGGCUACUGACCAUUUAGCUGUGUUUGACCAGCACUGUGUGUAUGUGUUGGAUGGUGCAAAUUAAACCACCCUGAAUUAGACUACAGCCUAAAACAUCUGGCUUUCCUCUUUAGCAGAAGAGGAUCCUUGGUGCCAUGUUACAGUGUCCUAGUUUUGAUGCAGAGACUUGCUGGAUGGAGACAACUCCAGGUGACCUCCAAACAGCAAAAAAAAUAUAUAUAUAAUUAAAUAUUCACCACAACUUAAACAGACCAUCUCUAACUGCAAAGCUCCAGUCUUUUGACAGUUAGGGAGCCUAUAAAAAAUAUUUUAUUUUACUGUGGACAGUUGGGUUCAGUCCUCGUGAGUGCUACACACAAUAUGCUGCUUUUGUUAUGGUCACUUCUUAAUAUUUGAUGUCGUGUA